AUGCCAACAGCCGCACACCCCGCUGCUGCGACUGCUGCGAAAGCCUCUAAGAAAACAUCCAAAUCCGCUGCAAAGUCCAGCAAGGCGUCUUCAGACCCUUCAACGUCGAGUACCGCCGCAAAAUCUACCAAUGACUCCAUCGACAUCAAAAACAUCCCUUUGCAAAUAUCGGACUACUUGAUCCUUCCCGUAUCGUUGCCGCCACUAUCAUGCAUGACGAAAGUCGCAGGACCUGACGCAGUGUAUCAUUUCCUCUAUGUCCGUCCACAUGAGCCCAAGGUACCGACGCCCACGGCAGAGCGCUCCUUAUUCGUGGUCAAUGUCCCGAUCGAUGCGACGGAAGCGCAUUUCCGUGCCCUCUUUGCAGACCACUUGGGCGGAGGACGUGUCGAAAGCGUUGAGUUCGAGGGAAGGCGAAGCGAGAGUAAGGGAAAUGUGGCGCCUAUGGUGGCAGAGGGAGGCCUUAGUGUCAGCGGAAAAAAGAGGAAGAGGGGAGGUCAGGAGGACGACGCAGCUUUAAUGGCUAUGAUGCGCGAUCCCGCCGCCGCGGUUGAUUUACCAGACACUUGGGACCGGCAAUUACACCGGAGCGGAAGCAGCGCAGUGGUGACGUUUGUUGACCGCGCAAGCAUGGACCUAGCUCUCAAGGCGAUCAAGAAAUCCCGCAAGAGCGGCCAGGCGAAGAUUGUUUGGGGCGAGGGCGUCGAGGGAACUGGAAAAGUUCCAGAAUUGGGAAUUCAUCGCUACAUGGCGCACCAAAUGUUGCGGUACCCUGACCCAGACGACAUCAAAGCCAGCGUCAAUACAUUUAUGGAACGGUUCUCCAAUAUGGAAGCAGCCCGUGACCGCAUGCGUGCUCGCCUUCGCAACCAGGCAGAUGAAGACGGAUUCGUUACAGUGACGCGGGGCGGUCGCGCAGGCCCCGCGCGACAGGAAGAGGCGCUGGAGAAGCUGGAGAAGCAGAAGGAGAAGAGCAAGGGCAAGGAAGACUUUUACCGGUUCCAGCUGCGUGAGAAGCGCAAGGAGAAAGCCGCGGAGAUGCUUCGCAAGUUUGACGAAGAUAAGAAGAAGAUUGAAGAAAUGCGCAGAAAGAGAGGAAAGUUUCGGCCUGAGUAA